CGCGUGGUUAUUCCCAUUGAAACUUGUCAUUUAUCGCAACUUUUACAAUCCUUUCGCAAUACAAUAAUUCCGAGUUUUUCGAUUAUUCGAGAUUUACCGAGUGCCCAGGGGACGCGAGUGUUUCGCUAAAUGUACGAGUGACCCUGUUUCUGUGUUUAGUGACCGAGCGAAUCGAGCGAUCAAUCACGAACGAUAAAAACAAGGAAAAACUUGAACAAAUUCCCGCUCAGCUGCGAGACAAACUGCGGAAGAGUCAAGCGGAGCUUCUCUGCCCCGAAAAAAAUCUUCCCAACUCCGAUAGAACUCGCUUCGUAAAUAUAACGCGAGAAUAAGCGCGCCCGGAGGGGGAACGAAGCCGGAGGGGAAGGGGAAAAGACGUCGGAGCCGAGUGCGACGCGGGCGGGGGUUGUGAAUGAAGCUCGUUUCCUCAACGUUGUUUUUCACCUCCGAAAAGAAAGCAAUUUUAUUGACAACACAUGCGCGCUAUGUAAGUUUGGAACAUGCCGAGUUACUCCGCGACGCUUCGACCUAAUAAAUAAACUGGUCCGCGCAGUCACAGCUACAUGUGCACACGCCGAGGCGGCCUACGUGUAUACGAAUUCGUGCCCGCAGGAAGCGAGAAAGGGAGGGGAAUUGGACGGAACAAGUUGCGCAAGCGUGCGCGAUCCCCCGCUUCCUCGCAGGUACAUACGAAAAUAGAUCGGUUGGAAGCUGCGAGGCACGAGGGAGGCUGGAUUUAACGAAUUGAUAGCAAACACAUGGUGGAUGAACGCGACAACGUGGAUAAAGCUCUGUGCGCCUUGCUCCAAUUGUCAACGCUUCGUUGCCAUCGAUAGGACGAAUAAAGAGGAAGGACGAUGAUGAUGGAACGUCGAUGGAUCGCUGCGACGUGAUGAAAGUGCUGCUCCGUUUCGCUCGUCAUGGGAUAAACGCCGACUCUGCACCCUCACGGUGCGAAUUUUCUUCCCUUCUUGUUAGCUCGUUUAUUUAUAAAAGACUGCACACCACCUCGCACCUGGAUAUCCGGUUCGAUAUUAUUCCGAAUUUCCGAGAGGAGCCUCGAUUUUCAUGAGCGUGACGUGGUCGGACUUUGCCAAACCGACCACGUGACACGGUUCGCUCCUGCUGCACCAUCCCUUCGCCACAACGACGACGAUAAACACGUGGCCCCAGCUUCGCUCACCGGCGACGACGAACACCGGGAAGAUCGACAGCGACGAAUAAAUCGCUUCCACCAAUCUCGGCUCUUGGUUCCCUCUGCCUUCUUGCUUUACUCCUCUCCUAACGCUCUCACCCAGAUCACCGGCUAAGGGCGAAUGCGAGGGGGUCUGUGAACUCGAGACACUCGUUCUCAUAUAUAGGAAUUAACCAAGUGCGCGAACGCGAGAGGAAUGUACGUCGAUUACGGUGCUGAUACACACACCGGAAUGGGAAUCAAGGCCAUGAAGUCUUUCGGCAGGCCCAGAGAUAUACCGGCGCAAGUACCGCCGCUGACGCCUGGGACGAACAAGAAGAUGACCGAGGCCCUCAAGGCCUCGUUCGCAUCCUGGGAAAAAGAACAACUUCGUCUCAACAUCACCAAAGACCCGAGACAGUGGUCCGAGAAGGCAGUUCACCAUUGGAUCCACUGGGCCAUCAGGGAAUUCUCUCUGGAGGGUGUAGCCAUGCAGCCCUGGCAACACAUGACCGGCAAAGAAAUCUGUGCCAUGGGCAAAGACUCUUUCCUCGCACGUGCUCCCGCCUUCAUGGGCGAUAUUCUCUGGGAGCAUUUGGAAAUGCUUCAGAAAGAAGACGAAGUCGAGAAGGCGUCGCUGGAAAACAUGCCCGCCAAUCUUUACGAGAGCGUUUGCGUACCGGAUCUCGGUGAUUUUCUCGGCUAUCAGCAACAACAGCAGCAGAAUAACCCCGCGAACAAUUCGGUACCGACCCCGGAACACAAGAGUCCGGCAACGCCGGCGAGCUCCACAACCUCGACGACUUCCUCGUCUGGCGGCGCCGUUCCGAGAAAUACACCAUCUCAGGCUUCGAUUCAACAGCCACUUCCAUCCGUACCGGCUUCAUUGACUCCCAGAUCUUAUCACAACGACGGCGGUUACAACCAUUUGCGCAGUCCUGUGUGCCAAGACGAGCAGAGCCAGAGGGACGAGACGUCGCCACCCCCGCACAGCAACCACAAUUCCCAUGCACCGAAUUCUCACUCGACGACACCGAGCACCAAUCACAAUAACAACAAUAACAACAACGCGAGCAACGCGUACAUACAUUUACGGAACUUGAAUCAGCUCAAAGCGGAAUCGAACUAUCCGAGCCAUCACAUAACGGACCAUUUGCAAAGCGGCGGUGGUGGUGGUGCUGGAAUGACGGCUGGUGGCGAUCUUGGUGGCAAUGGUAGCAACGAUAACGAUUUGCGCGUUGGUGCUACGACGAACGACAGUUACAUGACACCGGCCCAUUAUUCCGGUUACGACGACGCUUCCGAUUAUCACAGUAUUCCGCAAGAUCAUCAAACGCCGAAUCACUACAAUCUCGACGGUUCGCCGGAGUUCUACAGCGCCAGUGGAAUCCAUCUCGAGCCGAAGUAUCAACCACCGCCAUUCAAGAAUUAUCCACGUGGUCGUUAUCACGAAAGCUACAACGAGACUGGUUACGCACAGUAUGACACGACGAGUUUCCAAACUGUUCCGGGCAGCGGAACCGGAGCUGGGGCCGCCGGAGUCGGUGCCGACCAAUGGGGCGUCGGCCCAUUGGGCGAACAUCUUUCUCAUCAUCCAGCAUUUCUCGCUGGUCUUGGACCGCGCGAUUCUUCCAAUCCUCAUCAUCCUUCCUCCAUCGGCAAUAAUCCGGACCAAAAACCACUUCUGCAGAGCGCUAUGCUCGCUGGUUAUACAGGCGGCGGUCCCUGUUUCACCGGAUCCGGGCCAAUCCAGUUGUGGCAAUUUUUACUGGAGCUACUAACGGAUAAAUCGUGUCAGGGCUUUAUAUCGUGGACGGGUGAUGGUUGGGAAUUCAAGUUAACCGAUCCCGACGAGGUAGCGCGUCGUUGGGGUGUACGUAAGAACAAGCCGAAGAUGAACUACGAGAAGCUUAGCCGCGGUCUUCGUUACUACUACGACAAGAACAUUAUUCAUAAAACAGCUGGAAAACGAUACGUUUAUCGCUUCGUUUGCGAUUUGCAGAGUCUCUUAGGAUACAGCCCGGAAGAACUUCACGCAAUGGUCGACUUGAAACCCGAGAAGAAGGAAGAAGACUGAGUUCUCGUUCGCGGACAAAUAACGUAGAAAGCGCGGGCAAAGAAUUAAAAACAAAUAAAGAGCAAAAUAAUUGAUGAAUAUUAUGACGAAAGAGGACGACGUGAUCGUGGUGUUUCGUUGAUCUUAUCAUGGAUCGUAUCAUUGACUGUGAGACACAGGAUUACGAGAUCGUACGAAAGGAGACGCAGAAGAAGAAGGCGAUAAACUCAUUGAAACGUGUACACGGGACUCCAGUUUUUUCAGUGUCUUCGAUAAGGCGUUCAAUUUUAAUAAGAAAACAACAGACAACAAAUAUCUAAAUAAAUAAAUGAAUAAAUGCAAUUGCAAAUCGUUUUUUUGACGAAAACAACCACGAGAUAAAUAAUUGAGAUAUGUUGUAUAAACAUAUCUACCAGUAAAACCACGGAAUGACAAACACAAGUCGAAUCGGUCGUAUGUACCAAAGAGACAGGGUCCGCAUACCAUUGGUGCCUAAAAAGUAAAAGAAAAGAAAAAGAAGAAGCAAGAAAUGAAUGAAUAAGUAAAAAGUAAAUGAUAAAUACCAAUAAACAAUUUAAGAAAACGAAAAAUAUUAAAAAGAAUAAAUGAAUAAAAGUAAAACGUAAAAAUUGUGAAUUUGUUUCUAAGUGAUUGAUUUGCCACACAAGAUUUUAGAAGAUAUUUAUAGGAAUGAACUCGACAAUUUAUACAUAUUAUAUAUAUAUUAUACAUAUAUAUUUUUAAUGUUACGUGAUUUUUAAGCACUCUGGCAUCGAACACACAAUCUCGCUCGACGAUGCAUCUAAAUUAUUUAUGUCCCAUCAUUUUAAUGAAAUAUGCUGCAACAACAACAAAAUGAUAAUAGAAUGAAAAGAGAGAAAAAAAAAGCAUGUGUGUUAUAUCUCGUUGAUAAAUGACACGAUAUGUGAUUGUUAUUACUCUAAUUUUACUACAAUAAAUCAUUAUAAACUACAUUACAAACUUUA